AUGUCCGACAUUCACCGUGUAGCUAUCGUCACUGGUGCCGCGCAGGGUAUUGGUAGGGCCAUUGCGUUGCGAUUAGCGGACGAUGGAAUAGAUGUCGCGGUGAACGAUCUCUCAAGUAACGUAGACGCCCUAUCGUCACUUGUAAGGGAACUUCAAGCAAUAGGACGGCGAUCCGUCCCAAUCAUUGCCGACGUUUCCGAUGAAGACAGCGUCAAGGCCAUGGUAUUGCAAACAGUGCGCGAGCUUGGAACGCUGGAUAUAAUGAUAGCAAAUGCAGGAAUUGGACUAGUGACUCCGCUCUUGAACCUCGAAGUAGAAAAAUGGGACCGUAUUGUCGCGGUGAACUUACGUGGGGUCAUGUUGUGCUACAAAUAUGCCGCCGAUCAGAUGAUCAAACAAGGCCGUGGUGGCCGAAUCAUAGGAGCAUCUUCAGUGCUAGGAAAAAUGGGUGAGGCUUCAUCGGAGGACACACCGGAAGCCAAUGUCAGCAUACUGAUCUUGGAAACUAGGAGGACUUCGAACGUCGGCCUAUUCCGCUACGAAGUACCAACUGUAUACCCUCUCUCGUCAUCAGCUGAAGACAUCGCGUUAGCUUUGGAACUUGCACAACAUAAGAUUACGGUUAACGCCUAUUGCCCCAACGUCAUCAAUACCCAAAUGGCCCGAGAUUUCUUGGGAAGCACACAGGCAGAGAGUGGCGAGCCAGGGGGGGUGCCAGGCUUACGACCGCUUGAAGGGGCUGCGGAGCCGGUCGUCGUAGCCAGCUUAGUGUCGUAUCUAGUCAAACCAGAGGCUUACUUCAUCACAGGUGAGGAUAGUUCGUCCGGGAAUAUUCGGUAUGUAACCGCUCUUUUCAGGGCAAUCAAUUAA